AUGGUGCGGUUACCAUUGCCUCAACGUCUCAGCUCCCAUCUCAGUGUGAAGAGCAAUGCUUCGACUCCCGGUCAGAGCAGAAGCACAAGCCCUAUGAGAACCCCUGAAAUGAGGCCGCUGGUUCUCAAGGUUUCUGCAAUCAGGGGCAGAAACCUUGCAGCUAAAGAUCGAGGUGGAACCAGUGAUCCGUAUCUAGUUGUUACACUCGGAGACUCAAGACAAUCGACCCCAACGAUACCGAAGACAUUGAAUCCGGAAUGGAACGUGACUUUCGAGAUGCCGGUGGUCGGUGUACCUUUGCUGGAGUGUAUCUGCUGGGAUCAUGACAGAUUCGGGAAAGACUACCUGGGAGAGUUUGACAUCCCCCUCGAAGACAUCUUCGCCGAUGGCGAAAUCAAUCAGCCGCCCAAAUGGUAUACACUCAAGUCGAAGCGGAAGCCAGCCAAGAAGAAGGACAACACCGUGUCUGGAGAGAUCCUCCUUCAAUUUACGCUGAUUGACCCGACGAACGUAUCGGCACCCCCGAGCGAGACCUAUCAAAAGUUCAGGAGCUUGGUUUGCGCCGGCGAGGAAGACGAGGAUCUUCCGCAAGUCCCGACAAACGAAUCAGAUGAUGCCGACAGGGACGAGGAGACCUCGGAUGAGACCGACGACCUGACGAAACCAGAGAUUGUGGAAAAGAGGAGGAAACGACUCCGGCUCGCUCGCUUGAAACGGAAAUCACUAGCAGCCCGGGCGUACCAAUUUUCGGGAGCCGGCAAUGGAGUGCAGGGUAUCGUGUUCAUGGAGAUUGUGCAGGUAACAGAUCUUCCGCCGGAACGGAACGUGACACGUACUUCCUUUGACAUGGAUCCGUUUGUCGUGACCUCGCUUGGACGGAAAACGCUCAGGACUCCCGUCGUUCGUCACAACCUGAACCCGAUCUACAACGAGAAGAUGGUCUUCCAGGUCAUGAAACAUGAACAGUCCUACACGAUCAGCUUUACUGUCAUGGAUCGAGAUAAGUUCUCCGGCAACGACUUUGUUGCAUCGGCUGGGUUUCCACUGCAGACCUUGAUCCAGGCUGCUCCUGAGGCAGAUCCGGAGACGGGGCUCUAUCGGCUGCGGGAUCCAUCACUUAGCCCAGCAGGAUCUGAUACAAGCUCUGUCGGUAAAUCAGGAGCCAAAUCUGGUGUCAGUCCUUCACCGUCGACUCACAGUCUUUCGAAAAUGUCACGGCCCGGUUUAGUAAGGUCGAGAAGCUCUACUGCCUCACUUUCUGCCCAGUCUCAAUCAGAACAACCAGCUGCCUCUCCGCCUACCACCGUCCCGGAGGAGAGAGAAAGCAGCAGCAAUAUUUCUAGCUCCCCUACUGCUACUGGAGUCGAGGUGGGUCAGAUCGACUCGCAUGACCUUCGAGUGUACAAGAUCCCUUUGAUACUAAAGAACAAGGAACGGUGGGAGGACAAGCACUCCCCAGAGAUUAUCGUGAAAGCGAAAUACAUGCCCUACCGUGCGCUUCGUCAACAAUUCUGGAGACUCAUGCUCAAACAAUAUGACGCUGACGACAGUGGUCGAAUCGACAAGGUCGAGUUGACAACGAUGCUUGACACUCUCGGUUCGACCUUGAAAGAGUCCACGAUUGACAGUUUCUUCCAACGAUUCAGAGCCGAAAACGAGCCCAUCGAGACUAUGGAUCUGAGUUUCGACCAAGUUGUGAUGUGCCUGGAGGAUACACUGCAGGCGCUGCAAAAGGACCCUCGGACCGUUGCCAGGACGCAACCCCGAACCCCGUCUUCAGGUGGCAGUCAAGGAAGCGGAGAACAAUCUGACGGCGACGAGUUCCCCCUCGAGACCAGCACAACACUGCCGGCCAAUACUGAUCCUGGCGCAACGUCCGUACCGACAUUAGGCCAGGAAGAGCAACCGUCCACGAGCGAGGAAGAUCUUCAUCCCGAUGAUCUUGGUGAUGAGCGCGGCGAAGAGCACGUUGUUGAGAUUAGGGAGUGUCCUCUGUGCCAUCAACCGCGGCUCGCCAAGCGCUCAGAUGCGGACAUUAUCACCCACAUUGCUACAUGCGCGAGUCAAGACUGGCGACAGGUUGACAAUCUUGUGAUGGGCGGCUUUGUCACUUCUAGCCAGGCGCAACGCAAGUGGUACUCCAAAGUUAUCACAAAGAUAUCUUACGGUGGCUACAAGCUAGGCGCUAAUUCCGCCAAUAUCCUUGUUCAAGAUCGAAUUACAGGGCAGAUCAACGAGGAGCGAAUGAGCGUAUACGUCCGUCUGGGUAUUCGGCUCCUCUACAGAGGCCUCAAGAGUCGGGAGAUGGAGAAGAAGCGAAUUCGUAAAAUUCUCAAGUCGCUGAGCAUCAAACAAGGCAAGAAAUAUGAUGAUCCAGCUUCCGCAGCUCAGAUCCAGGACUUCAUCAACUUUCAUCAGCUUGACCUGUCAGAGGUUCUGCUACCCCUUGACCAAUUCAAGACAUUCAACGAGUUCUUUUACCGGCAAUUGAAGCCUGGCGCACGCCCUUGUUCGGCUCCAAAUGAGCCGAGAAUCAUCGUGUCGCCUGCUGACUGCCGAUCGGUUGUUUUUGACCGCAUCGACGAGGCGAGCAGUAUCUGGGUCAAGGGCAGGGAGUUCUCCAUUGAGAGGCUUCUCGGAAAUGCAUACCCCGAGGAUGCUCCGCGCUACAAGAAUGGUGCCUUGGGAGUUUUCCGUCUGGCUCCUCAGGACUACCAUCGCUUCCAUAUUCCCGUGGACGGUGUUAUGGGUAUCCCCAAGACUAUCGAGGGCGAGUACUACACAGUGAACCCGAUGGCGAUCCGUUCUGCACUGGAUGUGUACGGUGAAAAUGUAAGAAUACUUGUGCCGAUCGACUCGGUCGCCCACGGCCGGGUCAUGGUGGUCUGCGUGGGAGCCAUGAUGGUCGGAAGCACGGUGAUCACCCGGAAGGCAGGCGAGAAGGUCACACGUGGUGAAGAGCUUGGAUACUUCAAGUUUGGCGGAAGUACUGUGCUGCUCCUCUUCGAGGAAGGCGUGAUGAAGUUCGAUAGUGACCUGGUCGAUAAUUCUAGGGGUGCUUUGGAGACUUUGAUCCGAGUGGGGAUGUCUGUUGGCCACAGUCCCGAGAUCCCUCAGUUCGAGCCCGACAUGCCUAAGCCAACCGAAGAAGUCAGCCUUGAGGAGAUGCAAGACGCCAAGCGUAGAAUAGAGGGCAGCCUGGCUCCUCCGACUGCUGCUGCUUUCGCGUUGCAAUGA